UAUAAAUACAAACAAAUAAACUCUACAUUUCUCAUUUUUCCUUUAUAUAUUUGUUACUUUCAACGAUCAUCGACCUCCAUUAUAUAUAUACUUUGAGAGAUCGAAUGAGAUCGGAAAAUGGAAGAAGGUGGUGUUGGAUUGCGCUACUACUGGCGCUGUACAUGGAAUUGGAAGGUGUAGUAGUUGCAGAGGAUCCUUACAGAUACUUCGACUGGAGAAUCACUUACGGCGACAUAUAUCCUCUUGGUAUCCGCCAACAGGGAAUUCUGAUAAAUGGGCAAUUUCCGGGUCCUGAUAUACACAGCGUUACAAAUGACAACCUCAUCAUCAACGUCCACAAUGACUUGCAUGACCCUUUUCUUCUCACCUGGAAUGGACUCCAACAAAGAAAAAAUUCAUUUGAAGAUGGUGUAUAUGGAACAACAUGUCCCAUCCCUCCAGGACAAAAUUUCACAUACAUAAUGCAGGUGAAAGAUCAAAUUGGAAGUUUCUUCUAUUUCCCAUCACUCCAAUUCCACAAAGCUGCUGGUGGAUUUGGAGGAAUUAGGAUUCUCAGUAGACCAAGAAUUCCAGUCCCUUUUCCUGAACCUGCUGGAGAUUUCACUAUUCUUAUUGGAGAUUGGUACAAAACUGAUCACAAGGUAUUACAAACAAUUUUAGAUCGUGGAAAGAGGCUUACAUUCCCUGAUGGCAUUCAGAUCAAUGGCCUCGGUCGUGAUGGUGCAAAAUUCACUGUUGAACCAGGGAAAACAUACAGGUUAAGAAUAUCCAAUGUGGGACUUCAAAAUUCACUCAACUUUCGAAUUCAGGGACACAAAAUGACGUUGGUUGAAGUUGAGGGAACUCACACAAUUCAAACUACAUUGUCUUCUCUUGAUGUACAUGUUGGCCAGUCCUACUCAGUGUUAGUCACUGCAGAUCAGCCUGCUCAAGAUUACUACAUAGCUGUUUCCAGCCGCUUCACCACUCAAAUUCUCAAUUCUACAGCCAUUCUUCACUACAGCAACUCGAGAAAAACUGUUUCUGGACUACCUCCUCCAGGGCCAACCACUGAUAUUUCUUGGUCCCUAAAUCAGGCGCGUUCUAUCAGGACUAAUCUUACAGCCAGUGGGCCAAGACCAAACCCUCAAGGCUCCUACCAUUAUGGUCAGAUCAAUGUCACGAGAACAAUAAGACUAGCCAAUCAUGCUGGCUUAGUUGAUAAAAAACAGAGAUAUGCAGUUAAUGGUGUAUCCUUCAUUCCAGCUGAUACGCCGCUUAAGUUAGCAGACUAUUACAAUAUCGAUGGAGUAUUCAAAGUUGGAAGCAUCCAGGAUAAGCCUGCAGGUCGAAAAAUUCACCUUGACACAGCAGUUAUGGGAGCAGACUACAGAGCAUUUGUAGAGAUUGUAUUUGAGAACAGAGAGAACAUUGUCCAAAGUUGGCAUCUUGAUGGAUACUCUUUCUUCGUCGUCGGGAUGGAUGUAGGCAGAUGGAGUCCUGCAAGUAAAAACCAGUACAACCUUAUAGACGCAGUUUCACGCUGUACCACACAGGUUUAUCCAAGAUCAUGGACGGCAAUAUAUGUGCCCCUGGACAAUGUAGGAAUGUGGAACCUGAGGAGUCAAUUCUGGGCAAGGCAGUACCUUGGCCAACAAUUUUAUUUGCGAGUUUAUACACCAGUUAAAUCAUUCCGUGAUGAAUAUCCUAUUCCAAAGAAUGCUUUGCACUGUGGUAGGGCCAAGGGUUGAGCCAUAAGAACAUUAUAGUUCUUCCAAAGACCAAGAAGAAGCACUUACUAAUACUUCACAAAAGAAAAAAUAAAAAGCCUUUUGUCAUCUUUUCAUUGCUGCUAAGCAUUUAUCACUUCCAACUAUUUUACUAAUCCAUUCCCACACUGUAAUUUGUAUUAUUGCUUAUUAGAAUUCAGGCAUGUAUCUAGCAUUAGUGUUUGUAUUAAGUCACUAAUUAUGUAUAAUGUUGUUUAAAGUUCCCCACUUACAAAUAAUAAGUCUCAUAGAGUCUACACA